AUCUAAAAAUCCCAGCUCGGAACUUCCAUUUUAAUGGCGACGGAUCUCGCCUCGGAUCCCGAAUCUCCAUCGACAUCGUCGCCGUCGCCGUCGCCGUCGCCGCCGGUGGAAGGGGAGCGGCUCUCGGCCUGAAGCUCCGUCUCGGAUGCGGAGAUCGCCGAGCGCGAUCCCAGCCUGAGAUCCGUGUGAUCCCUUUGGGUGGGGAGCGCGCGCCGCCGGUCAUGGACGUGGAGCGGUCGUCCCUGUGCAAUUGCGUGGUGAACUUCCUGCUGGAGGAGAACUACCUGCUGACGGCGUUCGAGCUCCUCCACGAGCUCCUCGACGAUGGCCGCGACGCCCACGCCAUCCGCCUCCGGGAGUUCUUCGCGGAUCCCUCCCAUUUCCCUCCCGAUCAGAUUUCUCGUUUCAACGCUCUCCGAGUUGCAGACCCUCAGAGUUUGCUUGAAGAGAAGCAAGCAUUGGAGGAAAAAAUGGCCUUUUGUGAAUAUGAGCUCCGUUUGGUGCAAGAGGAUAUCACAAAGUUGAAGACAGAAUUGCAGAAGAAAUCAGAAAUUUCUGCAAAUGAAUUAAGUGAGUCUACAAAAGGAGGACAUGAUAUACAGAGAGAAAAGAGGGAAAGUUCAUUUUCUGACCUGGGCCCUUUAAAGGAUAAUGAACGUUGUGAUCUUAACUGUGCGGUGAAAGAAUAUUUGCUUAUGGCAGGCUACAGGCUGACUGCAAUGACUUUUUAUGAGGAGGUCACGGACCAGAACCUUGACGAGUGGCAGGAAACACCAGCACAUGUGCCAGAUGCUUUAAGACAUUACUACUAUCAGUAUCUUUCAUCCACUACAGAGGCAGCUGAGGAGAAAAUUGCCAUGAUUCGGGAAAAUGAGUCCUUACGACAAGCAAAUGAGAAUUUGAUUAACGCAAAAGAAGCUCUGUUGAGAAACAAAGAUGCAGCAGAGGGUCAAGUAGGUGUAUUGACCCGAACAGUCGAAGCUUUGCAGAAAGAUCUGAAGAUCGGGAGACCCAGAUGCAUAUUGAAGGAUCUCUCUGGAAGAAACUUGGCAGCUGCUGACAUUGACCAUGUCCAAUCUCAAAUAGUGGAAAGAUACAAGGAAGAAAUAGAACUGCUUCAGCAGGAAUUAGAGACUUUGAAGGCCAAAGAUUCAGUUGCUCCUGAUUUUGUUGAUUUAGUCAACUUUAAGGAAGAAUUUAGUGAGAGAGAAGAAGUUGUGGAUAUACACGAAGAUAGAGAUGUCUUGCCUCAGUUGUUAAACAGUCAACCAGGCAUUGGGGAUGUGCUGGUUAGUCAUUCACCUGCUGUUCAAGCCUUUGUUGAUGAUGCUCCUAAACCUCAGGAAGUUUUGCAAGAUUCGGCUAUUAAACCUUCAGCUGAGAACUGCACUUUUAGUAAUGGUGACGGUGUUGCUAAGCAAAAUGGUGAAGUGCCAAAUGAGGAUAGUGGGAACCUCACAAACUCUGGUGAUUUAAAGGGUGGAGCUGUUGCAGAAGAGAUGGGUCUGGAAACAAUUCAAAUCCUUGCAGAUGCUCUACCAAAGAUAGUCCCUUAUGUUCUGAUCAACCAUCGAGAGGAGCUUCUUCCUCUGAUCAUGUGUGCAAUUGAGCGGCAUCCAGAUAGCAGCACAAGAGAUUCCUUGACACAUACCUUAUUUAAUUUAAUCAAACGUCCAGAUGAACAACAGAGGCGAAUCAUAAUGGAUGCUUGUGUUACCCUUGCCAAGAAUGUAGGAGAGAUGAGGACGGAAUCAGAAUUGCUUCCUCAGUGUUGGGAACAAAUAAACCAUAUGUAUGAGGAGCGUAGACUGCUUGUUGCUCAAUCGUGUGGUGAACUUGGAGAUUUUGUGAGGCCUGAGAUUCGUGAUUCUCUUAUUUUGUCAAUUGUUCAACAAUUGGUGGAGGAUUCUGCUACCAUUGUUCGUGAAGCUGCUGCGCACAACUUGACUUUGCUGCUGCCACUCUUUCCAAACACGGACAAAUAUUUCAAGGUUGAGGAAUUGAUGUUUCAACUGGUCUGUGAUCCCUCUGGUGUGGUGGUGGAAACUACUCUGAAGGAACUAGUUCCAGCAGUUGUGACUUGGGGAAAGAAGUUGGACCAUGUCCUUAGAGUUUUACUCUCUCAUACCUUGAGCUCAGCGCAGCGCUGUCCACCACUUUCGGGAGUUGAAGGUUCUGUGGAGUCACAUCUUCACGUUUUAGGAGAACGUGAGCGGUGGAAUAUUGAUGUUCUAUUGAGGAUGCUUUCAGAAAUGCUUCCCUUUGUAUAUCAAAAAGCAAUUGAGACAUGCCCAUUUUCUUCUGCUUCAGAAUCGACAGGAACUGUAUUUUCGAGCUCCUUAUUACAAAUGUAUUCUGAGGGAAAAUUAGAAUGGCCUACAUUUGAAUGGAUGCAUGCAGACUGCUUUCCUGAUCUAAUACAGCUGAUGUGCUUGUUGCCUCAGAAAGAAGACAAUUUAAGAAAUCGAACCACAAAGUUCCUAUUAUCAGUAUCAGAACAUUUUGGAGAUUACUACCUGACGCACAUAAUGUUGCCCAUAUUUAUGGUGGCAGGGGACGAUGCUGAUUUGAAGUACUUCCCACCUACUGCCCGUACAAAAAUCAAAGGUUUGAAACCAAGAACUGCCGUUGCUGAGAGAAUUGCCACAAUGUGUGUCUUGCCACUUCUCCUUGCUGGUGUUUUAGGUGCUCCUAGAAGAGAACAGUUGGCAGAGUGCUUAAGGAGGCUCUUGGUUCAAGAAACAGGGAUGGAGAGUCAGACAAAGCAAGAAACUGAGAUUUUCUAUGCUGUCCGCUUCCUUUGUACAUCCGAAGAGCAUCAUGCCAUGAUCUUUGGUAUAUUGUGGGAAAUGGUUGUUAGCUCAAAUGUAAAUAUGAAGAUCAGUGCAGCCAACUUGUUGAAAGUCAUUGUUCCUUACAUUGAUGCGAAAGUCGCAUCAACUCAUGUUCUUCCUGCUCUGGUGACUCUUGGAUCUGAUCAGAAUUUAAAUGUGAAGUAUGCAAGCAUAGAUGCUUUUGGAGCUGUGGCCCAACAUUUUAAAAAUGACAUGAUUGUCGACAAGAUACGGGUACAAAUGGAUGCUUUUCUUGAAGAUGGAUCACAUGAAGCUACAAUUGCUGUUGUUCGUGCACUAGGGGUAGCUGUACCUCAUACAACAGAACGGCUGAGGGAUUAUCUUUUAUCCAAGAUUUUUCACUUCACCAACAUACCAAUUCCUGCCAGUGAUGUGCUUCGUCGUCGUGAAAGAGCCAAUGCCUUUUGUGAAUCUAUUCGUGCUCUGGAUACUACAGAUCUCUCUGCAGCUAGCGUUCGGGAUUUCCUCAUUCCAGCCAUACAAAACUUGUUGAAAGACUGGGAUGCGCUUGAUCCAGCUCACAAGGAAGCUCUAGAAAUUAUACUGAAGGAAAGAUCGGGUGGAACUUUGGAGGCUAUCAGCAAAGCGAUGGGUGCUCAUCUCGGGCUUCCCUCCUCUAUGACUAGCUUUUUCGGAGGAGGACUUCUUGGGAAGAAAGAAACUGUGGAAGCAGUAGCACCAGUAGAGCAAGCAGAGUCGCCGAAGCCGGUCCCACAGCCUCCGAUGGAGGACACGCGCUUCAGGCGUAUAAUGAGAGGAAACUUCACAGACAUGCUCCGGGGAAGGUCCAAAAGUGAGGAGGAUCAUCCUCUAUGAAUUGGCCAGUUUUGAAAAAAAUUAAAAAAAUUUCUUUACAUGUAAAUGAUUUUCAAUCAAUUCUUUUGACUUCGACGAGGUGAUAUAAAUAUUGAAUCGAGAAUAGAGAAAAGAUGAGAAAGAAUAGGUCUUUAUUUCCCACUUUCUUGUCGGGGGUUAUUUUCGAAUAAAACUUCAGAUUAUUUUUCCUUA